GGACUGCCGCCACGUCUACCACCCAGCCGGCCACGGCCACGGCCACGGCUACGGCUACGGCCACCACCACCACUACGGCCACCACUACGGCCACGGCCACCACCACCUUCCCGUGGGCCACGUCGCCGCUCCGGGCCAGGUCGUCAGCUACGCACCCGCCGUAGCCGCUGCCGCUGGCGGUCCCGUCGUAUACCCUGCAGCCGCCGCGGCCUCGUACGCCAUGGCCGUGCCCCCGCCGCCGCCCGUCGUGCCCCUCGCUGUCGCCGCCGCGCCCAUGUACCCCGCCGGCUACGUCCAGCCGGCUGCUGUGGUGCAUCAUCAGCCUCAGAUCGUCGGGCCGACUACUGUUGUUACCACCCAGGCUACGACGUACUACCCCGUCGCUGCCGCCCAGCACUACGCCCCCGCGAGCGUGCCGCUCGUCUGCUACGCGCCGUAGGGAAUAAGCAGGGGGGAUUUUUCCAAGGGGAUGGAAGAGAAGGGAAGGAAGGGAAAGCGCUGGAAUACACAGGCACACAACACAUUCGUUGCUGUAGUUUGGGGUCUCCCUUCCUUUCUCUCAUUGGCUGUCCGGCAGACAAACUACGAUGGCGUCCGCUCGUUGAAUACCGGGGGCGGGAGUUGGUUUCUUUUGUUUUCUUUUUCCCUCUUUCUACCAUGCACAAACACGCAAACACCCAGCCGAGAGCGAAGAGAGAACGACCUUUUUUUUUUAAUGACACACAUAUUAUGCGCGGAAGGAAAAGAAGGAGAGAGAGAGAGGCCGAGAAAGGGGGGGCUUGGCCUGUUUGGUUCUCCUGCCUUUUAGGUAUAGCACUCGCUAAGUACCGAUAA